AGUUGCCCAAAGCACUUCACAACGUUAACACGCAGCCCAGUUAGCCAAGUCCGAGCUCCGAACUCUCUUAAUCCAAAGUCUAAAUUUUGUGUAUUUAUAAUUUGGCAAUUUCUAUUUGCGCGGCCAUUUUUGUUGUGCACGGACAAACAUUUAACACAAAAAAAACCCAUUUCGGAGCCACAACAUGAGCUUCACACGCCAGCUAUCCGAGAUGAGCGCCAGCGAGCUGAACGAUGCCAUCGAUGAUACCAAUUUUCCGCAGGCGCAUAUACUGUCGCGUGGCCGCAACAACAGCGUCUGCUCAACAAGUAGCACCUCGGGCACCUCCUCGCUGGUGGACCGUGCGGUUAACCAGCCGGAGGAUCUGGCCACGGUGCCGCCAGCAGCUGCGACCGAGGAGCCAGUGGUCAACAUGCGUCCUCGCCUGAUACUGAAGAGCAGCAACAGCAUCCCGGAAAACGAUGGUACACAACCGAUAACACCAAUGACACCGCGUACAUCGACAACGCCAGGCCAUGAGAACUGCACCUUCCACCACGAUCUGGAGCUGGACCAUAAGCCGCCGACGCGCGAGGCUUUGCUGCCCGAUAUGGCGCGCUCGUAUCGCCUCUUGCUGGGCGGACUCGGCGAGAAUCCCGAUCGCCAGGGCCUGAUCAAGACGCCGGAGCGCGCCGCCAAGGCCAUGCUGUACUUCACCAAGGGCUACGAUCAGAACCUCGAGGACGUGCUGAACGGCGCGGUCUUCGACGAGGAUCAUGACGAAAUGGUCGUUGUCAAGGACAUUGAAAUGUUUUCAAUGUGUGAACACCAUUUGGUGCCGUUUUAUGGCAAAGUGUCCAUCGGCUAUUUGCCAUGCAAUAAGAUUCUAGGACUUAGCAAGCUGGCUCGCAUCGUUGAAAUAUUCUCGCGUCGUCUUCAGGUCCAGGAGCGUUUGACCAAGCAAAUUGCCGUUGCUGUGACUCAAGCGGUGCAGCCAGCUGGCGUUGCUGUCGUUGUCGAGGGCGUACACAUGUGCAUGGUCAUGCGGGGUGUGCAGAAAAUCAAUAGCAAAACUGUUACCUCGACUAUGCUUGGGGUGUUCCGCGAUGAUCCAAAGACGCGCGAGGAGUUCCUAAAUCUAGUCAAUAGCAAAUAAAAAUAUUAAUAUUUUUGACUUGUGUACAAAUUUGUUGAAAUUUUUAGUUUCGGUUAGCUAAAUAUGCAAAAUAUACGUACGAAAACAUCGCGAAUUUUGGUGUCGGUAGUUUUACACACAAUACGUUUGUUCAUUUUAAACGCAAAUUAUGGCACAUAAAUAAAUAAUAUUUUUUAUAUACACAUACAUACACAUUGUAUGCAAUAAGGGAACAACUAAUGAGACAUCAUUGCAAACCGUUUAGGGAAUUUACAAUUAAGCUAAAAUUCGUAAAAAUAAUCUACACAUAUAAAUUAAUAUAUACUUACAUAUAUUUACAUAUACGAACAAAAACAUACAAAUUAGUAAACAAAUGGAAUCGUUCGAAUUGCCUGUUAUUUAUAUGAAAACAUAUGUAUUUUUUAAAACAAAUAUGUAUAUUCA